AUGGGGGAUCAGCAGCCUGGCGGCGCUGCCGUGGCUUCUGCACAAGAGUCGCCUCAGUCGGAGUGUGGGGAGGAGCCGCAGUGCCCGCCACCCGAGAUGAAACAUCGAUGUAGAUUUGAUGGCCAAGAAACACAAGGAACUAAAUACACUAACUCGAAUACAAGUGAUUUCAGUGACCCAGUUUACAAAGAGAUUGCUAUUACAAAUGGUUGUAUUAAUAGAAUGAGUAAAGAAGAACUCAGAGCUAAACUUUCAGAAUUCAAGCUUGAAACCAGAGGAGUAAAGGAUGUAUUAAAGAAGAGGCUGAAGAACUAUUGUAAGAAACAGAAGCUGAUGUUAAAAGAGGACAGUUGUGCUGGCAGUUACUAUGACUACAUUUGCAUUAUUGACUUUGAAGCAACUUGUGAAGAGGGUAACCCACCCGAGUUCAUACAUGAAAUAAUUGAAUUUCCUGUGGUCUUACUGAACACUCAUACUUUCGAAAUAGAAGAUACAUUUCAGCAGUAUGUGAGACCAGAGAUUAACACGCAGCUUUCUGAUUUCUGCAUCAGUCUUACUGGAAUUACUCAGGAUCAGGUAGACAGAGCUGAUACCUUCCCUCAGGUACUAAAGAAAGUAGUUGAUUGGAUGAAAUUGAAGGAAUUAGGAACAAAGUAUAAAUAUUCCAUAUUAACAGAUGGUUCAUGGGAUAUGAGUAAGUUCCUGAAUAUUCAGUGCCAGCUCAGCAGGUUGAAAUAUCCUUCUUUUGCUAAAAAGUGGAUCAAUAUUCGAAAGUCGUAUGGAAACUUUUACAAGGUUCCUAGAAGCCAGACCAAGCUGACAAUAAUGCUUGAAAAACUAGGAAUGAAUUAUGAUGGACGGCCUCACAGUGGACUUGACGAUUCUAAGAACAUUGCUCGAAUUGCAGUUCGAAUGCUUCAGGAUGGCUGUGAACUCAGAGUCAAUGAAAAAAUGCAUGCGGGACAAUUAAUGAGUGUGUCCUCCUCCUUACCAAUAGAGGGCACUCCAGCUCCACAAAUGCCACAUUUUAGAAAAUAG